AUGGAUUCUGGCGACAGUGUGUCCAACGAGUUGCCAGAGUUUGAUGAAACAUACAGUCAUGAUGUGUACUCUGUUAUAUCAGAAACAUACAGUCAUGAUGUGUACUCUGUUAUAUCAGAAACAUACAGUCAUGAUGUGUACUCUGUUAUAUCAGAAACAUACAGUCAUGAUGUGUACUCUGUUAUAUCAGAAACAUACAGUCAUGAUGUUUACUCUGUUAUAUCAGAAACAUACAGUCAUGAUGUGUACUCUGUUAUAUCAGAAACAUACAGUCAUGAUGUGUACUCUGUUAUAUCAGAAACAUACAGUCAUGAUGUUUACUCUGUUAUAUCAGAAACAUACAGUCAUGAUGUGUACUCUGUUAUAUCAGAAACAUACAGUCAUGAUGUGUACUCUGUUAUAUCAGAAACAUACAGUCAUGAUGUUUACUCUGUUAUAUCAGAAACAUACAGUCAUGAUGUGUACUCUGUUAUAUCAGAAACAUACAGUCAUGAUGUGUACUCUGUUAUAUCAGAAACAUACAGUCAUGAUGUUUACUCUGUUAUAUCAGAAACAUACAGUCAUGAUGUGUACUCUGUUAUAUCAGAAACAUACAGUCAUGAUGUGUACUCUUUUAUAUCAGAAACAUACAGUCAUGAUGUGUACUCUGUUAUAUCAGAAACAUACAGUCAUGAUGUGUACUCUGUUAUAUCAGAAACAUACAGUCAUGAUGUGUACUCUGUUAUAUCAGAAACAUACAGUCAUGAUGUGUACUCUGUUAUAUCAGAAACAUACAGUCAUGAUGUUUACUCUGUUAUAUCAGAAACAUACAGUCAUGAUGUGUACUCUGUUAUAUCAGAAACAUACAGUCAUGAUGUGUACUCUGUUAUAUCAGAAACAUACAGUCAUGAUGUGUACUCUGUUAUAUCAGAAACAUACAGUCAUGAUGUGUACUCUGUUAUAUCAGAAACAUACAGUCAUGAUGUUUACUCUGUUAUAUCAGAAACAUACAGUCAUGAUGUGUACUCUGUUAUAUCAGAAACAUACAGUCAUGAUGUGUACUCUGUUAUAUCAGAAACAUACAGUCAUGAUGUGUACUCUGUUAUAUCAGAAACAUACAGUCAUGAUGUGUACUCUGUUAUAUCAGAAACAUACAGUCAUGAUGUGUACUCUGUUAUAUCAGAAACAUACAGUCAUGAUGUGUACUCUGUUAUAUCAGAAACAUACAGUCAUGAUGUGUACUCUGUUAUAUCAGAAACAUACAGUCAUGAUGUGUACUCUGUUAUAUCAGAAACAUACAGUCAUGAUGUGUACUCUGUUAUAUCAGAAACAUACAGUCAUGAUGUUUACUCUGUUAUAUCAGAAACAUACAGUCAUGAUGUGUACUCUGUUAUAUCAGAAACAUACAGUCAUGAUGUGUACUCUGUUAUAUCAGAAACAUACAGUCAUGAUGUUUACUCUGUUAUAUCAGAAACAUACAGUCAUGAUGUGUACUCUGUUAUAUCAGAAACAUACAGUCAUGAUGUGUACUCUGUUAUAUCAGAAACAUUCAGUCAUGAUGUGUACUCUGUUAUAUCAGAAACAUACAGUCAUGAUGUUUACUCUGUUAUAUCAGAAACAUACAGUCAUGAUGUGUACUCUGUUAUAUCAGAAACAUACAGUCAUGAUGUGUACUCUGUUAUAUCAGAAACAUACAGUCAUGAUGUGUACUCUGUUAUAUCAGAAACAUACAGUCAUGAUGUGUACUCUGUUAUAUCAGAAACAUACAGUCAUGAUGUGUACUCUGUUAUAUCAGAAACAUACAGUCAUGAUGUCAGACUCAUUGCUGACAUCUGA